UAUCCCGAGUGUCUUGUCGCGCAUGGAUGACGUCAGCGAACGCUAUUCCAUCAUGGCGGCGGAAGGCUGUGAGGAGAUGAGCGGCAACGGGGAACUCGAAGAGUCUUCAGCCAUGGAGGCUUCUGAGGUUCCUGCGCCACCUCCAACUGAGAUGGUAGAGAUGUCAGAAGAGAAUGGCAGAGCCACCGAGGCCCCUGAGGCCCCCGUUGACCCCGGCCCUGCUUCCUUCUCCAUGCCGCCAUCUGCAGAAGACGAGGAGGGAGAACUGCCCACUGACUUUGAACGACUGUGGAAAGCCGCCCAUGACAAUCCUCAAGACUUCACCAGCUGGACCGACCUGCUGCAGUACUGCGAGCAAGAGAGUCACAUCACAGCGUCACGCAGAGCGCUAGAGGCCUUCCUCGCUCGCUACCCGCUCUGCUACGGCUACUGGAAGAAAUUUGCUGAUCUGGAGCGCCGCGCUGGGUACAACAACAAAGCAGAGGAGGUGUGUAUUCAGGGUCUCCAGGUAAUCCCUCUGAGUGUAGAUCUGUGGAUCCACUACAUCAAUCUGCUGCUGGGAACACUGGACAUGAACCUGCCUGAGUCGCCCGCACGGAUCCGCAGUGUGUUUGAGGAAGCAGUUCAGGCAGCAGGUCUGGACUUCCACUCGGACCGGCUUUGGGAUCUUUAUAUCGAGUGGGAGAAGGAGCAGGGGAACAUGCAGAACGCAACAGCCGUCCUAGACAGAGUCCUCAAAGUCCCCACCCAGCUGUACAACACCCACUACGACAAGUUCAAAGAACACCUAAACAGCCACGAGCCCAAAGAGGUGCUUUCCCCAGACGAGUACGAGGAGCUGAGGACGUUGUGCCGCCAGAGUCAGAAGGCAGAGCGUGCUGAACAGGCCCAGGAGGAGGAGGAGGAGAGGCCGCCAGGGGAGGAAGAGCCCGCCACACCGGAGGGCACAGACACAGAGGAGUUGAUGCAGAAGAUAAGGGAACAAGUGCUGGUUCGCAGGGACAAAGUGUACCAGGACAAUGAGGGAGAAGUCCGCAAGAGAUGGCACUUUGAAGACGCUAUCAAACGUCCCUACUUCCACGUCAAGCCACUGGAUCGCCUCCAGCUGCGGGCCUGGAACUCCUACUUGGACUGGGAGAUCGCUCAGCUGAACAAUGACACCAAAGAGCCCAACCAAGAUCCAAACCAGGUGGCCACUGAGGGGUCAGAGGUCGCCGCCCAGCCUCAUGAAGGAUUAGAGGAAGCUACGGUUCCCCAGGACGACCACAGGGUUCGUGUCCUCUUUGAGCGCUGCCUGAUUGCCUGCGCUCUGUAUGAGGAUUCCUGGAUCAGGUACACUCAGUACCUGGAGCCGCAGAGUGUGGAUGAGGCGCGGGCCGUUUUCAAGCGAGCCUGUGAGAUCCACCUGACGUAUAAACCCAACAUCCAUAUGCAGUGGGCGACCUUCGAGGAGAGGCACGGUGACUUGAUCGAGGCUCGCCGAGUGCUGGAGGCCUUGGAGAAAACCCUACCAGGGUUGGCGGUGGUACGUCUUCGCAGGGUAGCUUUGGAGCGACGAGCGGGCCAGCUGGACAAAUCGGAGGCCUUGCUGCGGGAGGCGGUGGCCGAAUCCAAAGAGAGGCCGAUGUUACACGCCUUCUACUCCAUCAAGCUGGCUCGUCUGCUUCUGAAACUGGGCAGGAACCCCAGCAGAGCCCGCAGGGUUUUACAGGAGGCGCUGGAGAUCAGUCCGGAUAAUGAUAAACUGCACAUGAACCUGUUGGAGCUGGAGGUGUCGGGGGACACCUCAGCAGAGGCGGUGCAGGAGUGCGUGACACGAGCCCUGGCAGCCCCCCUCGACCCGCACACCAAGAUCCUCUUCUCACAGAGAGGCCUGCAGUUUGCCGAGGACUACAGCAACUCUAUCCAGAGUGUGCUGUCUGUCUAUGAAGAGCACCAGAAACUGCUGAAGGAGCUGGGUGGAACAAAGAGAGGAGCAGAGAACAGGGACGACGACUCAGAGACGUUGAGCAAAAGUGACGACGGAUCUGCUGUUGCUGUGUCUGCACAAGUCCCACCUACCAUGCCGCAUGUCCCCAUCACCACACCCCCUCCUCCCGUAAUGGGCGCCGACAUGAGCGCACAGGCUGGCUACGGGGGUUACGGAAGCUGGUACCAGCAACCACAGUACGGCAGCUAUGGCUACCAGAACACCUGGAACUACAACCAGGGCUACUACCCUCCCAGCUAGAGAGGGCAGCAGUGACUGUGACACCAAAAAGGCCACAGGAAGCUGUUUGACCCUGGGUAGCCUCUCAGCUGACCAGCAAACUGUAAUACCCAGUCCUGCCGGUCCACCUGCUGAAAUAAUAUCCCAGCAUCACUUCCUCUCCGUCCUCGCUCUGCGUUUCUUCGCUGUCCUGGAUUUGUUUUAAUAAGGGACUGCAGUUGAGCUCUUUUCAACAUGUCCUGUCAUUUCAGUGUUGGUUCUGAGGGACAGGUGGAAAGAUGAUGAAAGGAAUCGGUGACGCCCAGUACAUCAGUGUCUCUCCAUUUUAAUCAGAAAUAUUUUUAUAUUUGUUUGCAAGCCAACCCCUUUGCUCCAGUUUUAAAGUCAUCCAGUCUAUCCAACUUUACAGCAGACAUUUUGUACCAUUCCAGAGUAGGCUAUUUGUUGUUUUUUCUAAUGUAUAUAAAGGUGUUUUAUAGUGUGUCACAACAGAGCUGUUUUGUGUUGUGUGUCUUUUGCUCUUCCUUCCAUAAUGAGGGGAGAAAUAAUCAGCUGUCACACUCAUUAAUUAUAAAACUCUUGGCCUCUGUCCUGCU